AUGGCUGCUCCACCUAAUAUGGAAGAAGGUCAGUCUUCCACUAGACCACCACGUUUUAAUGGUCAAUAUUAUGACUGGUGGAAGAAUCGAAUGCAUGACUACAUCAACACUGAGGACACUGAGUUGUGGGACAUCAUUCUUGAUGGACCAUAUAUUCCUACAAAGGAGGUGAAGGUUGGAGAGCUCACCACUACAAUUGUCAAAACUAGAAAGGAGUACAAUGAGAUGGAUAGGAAAAAGAUAGAGAAGAACUAUAAAGCAAAGAAGAUUCUAGUGUGUGGGAUUGGAUCCGAUGAGUACAACAGAAUUUCUGCCUGUAAAUCAGCCAAAGAGAUAUGGAACUGUCUCCAAAUAGCCCAUGAGGGAAUACAACGAGUAAAAGAGUCUAAGGUCGAUAUGCUUACGACUCAAUACGAGAAUUUUUGUAUGAAGGAAGGUGAAACUAUCUUUGAAAUGAACUCAAGAUUCACUUCCAUCACCAACAAACUAAGAUGCUUAGGUGAGCCCAUUCCCUUAAGCAAACAAGUUCUCAAGAUUCUCAAGAUUCUUCCCAAGUCAUGGGAAAGCAAAGUUGAUGCUAUAAUAGAGGCAAAAGAUCUGAAGACACUUUCCAUGGAUGAGCUGAUUGGAAAUCUCCAGACCUACGAGCUGAACAAAAAGCAGGGGACAAACAUGAAGGAGGGAAAGAAGGAGAAAUUUAUUUCUCUAAAAAACUCACAAAAUGAUGCGACUCAGGAGGAGGAUGAAAUGGCCUAUGUUACUAAAAGGUUUCAGAAAAUCAUCAAGAAACAUGACGUCUUUCAAAAGAAGGCUUCGACCAGCAGAGCAACAAACGCAAAUGACCUUUAUCAUAAAUGUGGCAAACCUGGUCAUUUUAUGAGGGACUGUCCCAGCCAGAAGCAGGAAACUCAGAACUUCAGACCUCGUAAGAAGGACCUGGUCCCAGACAGUGCUCGGAGAAAGGCUCAUGCUGAUCAGUUGGUGAGAAAAGCCUUUGCUGUCUGGGGAAAUGAUUCAAGUGAGUCAGAAGAAGAUGUAGAAAGUUAUGAAGAUGUUUCAAUGAUGGCUAUUAAAGAUGAUGAAAAUGUCUUCAAUUCCAUCUUCUCAUUAAUGGCAAAGUCUAAUGAUGAAGAGGGUCUAAAUGAGGUAACUCUUUUUUAUCUUAAAGAUGAUCUAGAUACUCUUCCCAUUAAAAAUUUGAGGAAACUUGCUGCAUUGCUUAUUGACUCUGUUGAUGAACGAACCACUGAAAACUUAAUGUUGAAUGAAAAAAUAAGUUUGUGUGAGGAUGAGAACUCUACUCUCAUGUCUCAAGUUUCUGAAAUGGGUGUAAGAAUAGGGACUCUAGAAACAAACAACAUUAUACCUGAAAAGGAACCUGAUACCUCAGUAGGUGGAAAGAGAAAGCUUAGCAUCUUUGAGGAAGAACUGGAAGAAAAGCUUAAAAUCCUUGAGUCCAAGUUAGUUGCUUCUCUUGAAACAAAUUUUCAACUGAGAAAGGAUCUGAGUAAGGAUCUGAGUAAGGUCAAAGAGGAGUUAAGUCACUCUCUAAAAUGGACUGACUCUUCUAAGAUACUCUCUAAUCUAUCUAAUCAGAGUUUCAAUGGAAAGAAAGGGUUGGGACGCAGACCAAUAGAACCUCCUUAUAAUCCUCAUAGCAAAUAUGUGUAUGUAUCUGACAAUCUGUUGUGCACUCACUGUGGGCGUAAUGGUCAUCUAAAAGAAAAGUGUGAGACUCUGAGAAAAGCAAAAGAAAAGCAUGAGAAAUUUGUCAGAUCUGAAAACAAUGAUAAAAGGGAACUCAAGGGACCUGGUCCCCGUUAUCAGUUCAGUAAGAACACUUUGCCCCCUGGACAGGAAGGUUUCUUAUUAAGCCUUUUGAUAGUUAUUGGGAACUCCGUCUGA